GGCGCUAAGCGACACGGCUCAGCCAGUUGCGCAAGUUCGCGGGACUCGCUCACAGUGCUCAAUCAAAGCUUUAUUAUUCAAGCUUAAACUUUAAUAAAACUUUUAUUCCAAUAAAAUGUAUUUUAUAUACAUUCCUUUCUAUCUCUUUUGGGUUUGUGUCAAUUCCUCAAUCUUUGAUCAACGACAAACAGGCGAUUUAAAUGUUCAAGUGGACGUUAAGGAUGUGCAAAUUUUUGCUGUAAUGAAAGGAAAUAAAGAAGAAUAUGUGGAUUAUGAUUAUGCUUAUGAUUAUUCAGAGCUGACCAUAAAACCGCAGAAUCGAACGACGCCAAAACCAAUUACAAGUACAAGCACAUCUACAUCGCAAACGAAUACAAUUAGUGAUACAACAACUACACUUGGUGCAACUUUGUUACACGAAAAUGUAACAACAACCGAAGACUUUGUAACUACUACAAUCAGCCCAUUAGAUCUAAAAACUACAAUAAAAUAUGAAGUAAAUAAUACGAGUCACGAUAAUUCUCAGAAGAAUGUUACUGUAAAACCAGCUUCUAACAUAACAAUUAAAAAUUGUAAAAGAGGAUUUAUAUUAAAUCAAAGGGGUGAUUGCCAGCUCAAGAUCAACAGUACCGGAAAUGCGUUAAUGAAGUUAGUGAAAUUAUCCCAAAAAUUAAAAUUGAGAAGAGAAAAUAAGAGCAAUGACAACCCAUAAUUAUAUCAUUUUAUUGAAUAUGGAAUGUUAAUUUAACUAUAUGUGAAAUAUUUGUAUUUGUCAUACU